AUGGGAGAGGGGAUCAGCGGCGACGCCGGCCUCGCCGCGGCGCCGUACGACCAGUGGGUGCUGCUGAGCCCCGCCGGGGGCUCGCCGCGCCCGCCCGCGCGCUAUAAGCAUGCCGCGCAAGUGGUCCAAGACAAGCUGUACGUGGUCGGAGGGAGUCGCAACGGCCGUUCUCUAUCGGAUGUCCAGGUUUUUGAUUUUAGGACAUCCACGUGGUCAGCGUUAAACCCUGCUAGAGAGUCAAACCAGCUGAAUCAUGAAAACAAUGCCACAGGUGGAUCGUUCCCAGCAUUAGCAGGCCACAGUUUGGUCAAGUGGAAAAACUAUCUCGUGGUUGUAGCUGGAAACACGAGGUCAUCAUCAUCAUCAAAUAAGGUUUCAGUUUGGCUUAUUGAUGUGCAAGCCAAUAGCUGGUCUGCUGUUGAUACUUAUGGAAAAGUUCCAACAGCUCGAGGUGGCCAAUCUGUAUCCCUACUUGGUUCUCGAUUACUAAUGUUUGGUGGAGAGGAUAACAAGAGAAGGCUACUGAAUGAUCUUCAUAUACUUGACUUGGAGACAAUGAUGUGGGAAGAACUCAAAUCAGAGAAAGGUGGUCCGGCUCCUAGGUACGAUCAUUCAGCUGCUGUUUACACUGACCAGUAUCUUCUGAUCUUUGGUGGCUCUUCUCACUCUACAUGCUUCAAUGAUCUUUACCUACUCGAUUUGCAAACUCUGGAGUGGUCUCAACCUGAUGCCCAAGGAGCACAUAUAACUCCUAGAAGUGGUCAUGCUGGUGCUAUGAUUGAUGAAAACUGGUACAUUGUUGGUGGUGGAGAUAAUGCAAAUGGUUCCACUGAUACAAUUGUAAUGAAUGCUUCCAAGUUUGUGUGGUCAGUGGUCACCAGCGUCUCAGCUAGAGAUCCUCUAGCUUGUGAGGGUCUCACCCUUUGCUCAACCACAGUUGAUGGUGAAAAGGUUCUAAUUGCCUUUGGCGGUUACAAUGGGAAAUACAGCAACGAGAUCUUUGUUUUGAAACCCAAGGCAAGAAAUUUAGUUCAACCUCGUCUUCUUCAAUCACCAGCUGCAGCUGCCGCCGCAGCUUCUGUGACAGCUGCCUAUGCUGUAAUUACUGCUACAGAUGAGAAAACCAGAGAUAUUGUUGCUACAGAUGAUUUUGACAUCAAGAGAGCUCAACCUGCAAAGAAUGGUAAACUAGCGUCCAGACUGGCAGAAGUUCGCGAUGAAAACUCAAAACUAAAGGAUAAAUUAGACAUGGCAAACUUGUCAUAUAGUGAAUUAGCAAAGGAGCUUAAAUCAGUUCAAGAUCAACUAGCAGCAGAGGGUUCAAGAUGCCAGAAGCUUGAGUCGCAAAUUGCUGCUGCACGGAAGAGACUGGAAUCUGCUGGUUCUUUGGAGAAUGAACUAGAUGUACUGCGUCAACAAAUAUCUCAGGUGGAGCAAACCAUUGCAACGACUCAGAGACGAAAAUCUGGGGGUGUUUGGAAGUGGGUGGCAGGUAGUGCAGAGGUUGACAAGCAGCUUCCGAACAGGAAAUGGAAGCGGAGGAUGUGCUACAGUUUUGAGGCAGCUUGUCUGUUCCCAGUUACUGGAUGCUUCCUCAAGAUCUUGCUCAUGGUUGAUCUUGCAAAGAUGCCUCCCGAAAUAAUCUUGUUUAUCUUCUUAGGUGGUGGCACCUGGUAG